CAAAUCGUAAAUUUUCUUCACGAUCUUCGGCCACCGAGUCAUAUGACUUGAGUUGUUUUUGCAGAGGGCAAGUGUGAGCUGAUAUUUUAAACUUAAGGGCGUUUUGCCAAGAUUGAAUUCAUUGUGAUAUUUAUUCAUUUUUUUUCCAACUAAGAUAAAUAAAUUCUGUGAAGAUGACUAAAGGACUCCCUAAAGUAGCUGAUGUGGAAAAAGAAAGCGAAUAUGGAUUUGUUUUUUCUGUUUCAGGACCUGUGGUCACUGCUGAAAAAAUGUCAGGAGCUGCUAUGUACGAGUUGGUAAGGGUGGGGCAUUAUGAACUGGUUGGUGAAAUCAUUCGUUUAGAAGGUGAAAUGGCAACAAUUCAAGUAUAUGAAGAAACAUCUGGUGUAACAGUUGGUGAUCCAGUAUUAAGAACUGGAAAACCCUUAUCUGUGGAAUUAGGACCUGGUAUUAUGGGUAGCAUUUUUGAUGGUAUUCAGCGUCCUUUAAAAGAUAUUAAUGAACUUACUGGUUCUAUCUACAUUCCUAGAGGUGUUAAUAUUCCUGCUUUAAGUAGGGAAGCUACCUGGGAUUUCAACCCAAUAACAUAUAAGGUUGGCAGUCAUAUCACUGGAGGAGAUAUUUUUGGAAUAGUUAAAGAAAAUACUUUAAUUAAGCACAAGAUUAUGCUUCCGCCCAGAGCAUUAGGACGUGUUUUGUACAUUGCUGAACCAGGAAGUUAUACAGUUGAUGAUAUAGUGUUGGAAACAGAAUUUGAUGGGCAGAAAUCUCAAUAUACAAUGUUGCAAGUAUGGCCUGUUAGACAACUUCGCCCUGUAACUGAAAAAUUGGCUGCAAAUAAUCCAUUAUUAACUGGACAACGUGUUCUUGAUGCAUUGUUCCCGUGUGUUCAAGGAGGGACUACUGCCAUCCCUGGUGCUUUUGGUUGUGGAAAAACUGUCAUUUCACAGUCUUUGUCAAAAUUCUCUAACAGUGAUGUUAUUAUUUAUGUUGGAUGUGGAGAACGUGGAAAUGAAAUGUCUGAAGUAUUAAGAGAUUUCCCUGAGUUGACUGUGGAAAUUGAUGGAAAUGUUGAAUCCAUUAUGAAACGUACAGCCCUUGUUGCAAAUACAUCUAACAUGCCUGUAGCUGCUCGUGAAGCUUCUAUUUACACAGGUAUUACCCUGUCAGAAUAUUUCAGAGAUAUGGGUUACAAUGUAUCUAUGAUGGCUGAUUCUACUUCUCGAUGGGCUGAAGCUCUUAGGGAAAUUUCUGGACGAUUGGCUGAAAUGCCUGCUGAUUCUGGAUAUCCUGCAUAUCUUGGAGCACGAUUGGCUUCCUUUUAUGAAAGAGCUGGAAGAGUGAAAUGCUUGGGAAAUCCUGAAAGGGAAGGAAGUGUUACUAUAGUUGGAGCUGUAUCUCCUCCUGGUGGUGAUUUCUCAGAUCCCGUAACAUCAGCUACACUGGGUAUUGUUCAAGUGUUUUGGGGCUUAGACAAGAAAUUAGCUCAAAGAAAACACUUUCCCUCUAUAAAUUGGUUGAUCUCAUACAGUAAAUAUGUUAGAGCCUUAGAUGAAUUCUAUGACAAAAAUUUCCAAGACUUUGUUCCUCUCCGAACGAAAUGUCAACAAAUCUUGCAAGAAGAAGAAGAUUUAUCGGAAAUUGUACAACUUGUAGGCAAAGCGUCCUUAGCAGAAACUGAUAAAAUAACAUUGGAGGUUGCAAGACUUCUUAAAGAUGAUUUCUUGCAACAGAAUGGUUACACUCCUUAUGACAAAUUCUGUCCAUUUUAUAAAACAGUAGGAAUGAUGAGGAAUAUGAUGGCUUUCUAUGAUCUGGCCAUGAAUGCUGUGCAGUCAACAGCACAAAGUGAAAACAGAAUAACCUGGGCUGUUAUCAGGGAAGCAAUGGACAGCGUUCUUUAUGAACUGAGCAGUAUGAAGUUUAUGGAUCCAGUUAAAUUAGGAGAAAAAGAAAUCAAACGAUCAUUUGAAGAGCUUCACGAAAACAUGCAGCAAGCAUUCCGUAACUUAGAAGAUUGAAGUUGUUUCUAAUUUAUCUGUGUUUAGCUAGAAUUAUACUAGUCAAGAUAUUAUGAAGUACAUUCCGUUGAAUAUGAAUGUAUGGCAGAUUUUUCAUAUGGGAACUUUUGUUGUAUUAUACGGACCAUUGCCUUGUGAUUUGUUGUGUUGUGUGUCAGUUUAGAUAAACAUUUGAUCCUACUUGUAAAAUAUAUGGUGUUAGCUGUGUCUAGAAAAUAAAUUUGUUUUUGAAGGUGGUAUAUUUUUUUUUUCCUAAGAAAACAUAAAUGUGGGUAUUCAAUAGCUUAAAAUGCAUUAUUAGCUCAAUUUUAUAUGAUUUGCUCAUCUAUUUUUUAUUGAAAUUAAUUCAAAAUACUUAAUUUAUUUUAUUACUGUUUGUGCACUAUUUUCAUUAAAAAAUUAUCUUUUUGCAACAUUUGCAAUUGUUUUUCACAGCACUGAUUAUUCUAUUUUAAUUUAAAAAUUCUGGCAGUAUAUAUUGAGAUCUGAUUUAGUAAUAAAAGUGAGAAUGCCUUUUUUCAAUUUUUAAAAGGAUUUUUUUGUUAUUAAUCUCUAAUAGUUGAAAAUCUGUUUGAAAUGCAUCAGAAAUAUAUUUUCAUAUUGUUAUAUUUGAUUUAUCAUAGAAUUUGUCGAUGUUCAUUAAGAGCAAAGAACAAUUGUGUGUUUUGGUAUAUUUUAAGCUUUUUAUAAAAUAGUGUUAAGUUUUAUAUAAUUUUAUAUUUCAGGUACGUCAAAGUAAUUUUUUUGUUGAACUUUUAUGCACCUUUAAUUUCAAAUUAAUCCUUUCUUUUUAUGUCUCUAGGCAACUAUUGGUGAUGUAAUUUAAGGCCUUAAUAAAUGAUUCCUUUGUUAUUAUUGUGAAAAAAUUUAGAUAAGUUGUUCCCUGAUUUUAUUAUGAACAAAAAUUAUUAGAAUGUUUUAUUGCACAAUCCUGUUCUAUGGAGAUGAAUGCUCAUUUCUUUGUCAUCUAUGUACAAAAUUCUGAGCCUCAUUUCUUUAUUGGGCUGCAGCUGCAGUUAUUUUACAACAUAAUGUUUUUAAACUCAUGUUUUAUAUUUUUCUGAUCAUAUAUCAUAAGUGUUUAACUGUUGUAAACUGAAAAUUUUCUUCUUGUUGAAUAGAGAUGAGAAAAUAAUUUAUUGAAUGCAGUUAUGCUGCUGCCUAUGUAAUUUGACAAAUAUCAUGAAAUAAAAGUGCAUUAUAAUAGAA